AUGGGUCGCGUCAUUCGCAACCAGAGGAAGGGCCGUGGUUCCAUUUUCACGGCCAACACCCGUCUCAACAAGGCGCCUGCCCAGUUCCGUACCCUCGACUAUGCCGAGCGUCAUGGCUACACCCGCGGUGUCGUGAAGGAGAUCAUCCACGACGCCGGCCGUGGUGCUCCCCUCGCCAAGGUCCAGUUCCGCCACCCCUACAAGUUCAAGAUGGUUACCGAGACCUUCAUCGCCAACGAGGGCAUGUACACCGGCCAGUUCAUCUACGCCGGCAAGAACGCUGCCCUGACCGUCGGCAACGUCCUGCCCCUGGGCUCCAUGCCCGAGGGUACCGUCGUGACCAACGUCGAGGAGAAGGCUGGUGACCGUGGUGCUCUGGGCCGUACCUCCGGCAACUACGUGACCGUCAUUGGCCACAACCCCGACGAGGGCAAGACCCGUGUCAAGCUGCCCUCCGGUGCCAAGAAGGUGGUCAAGAACACCGCCCGUGGUAUGGUUGGUAUCGUCGCCGGUGGUGGCCGUACCGACAAGCCCCUGCUCAAGGCUUCGCGCGCCAAGCACAAGUUCGCCGUCAAGCGCAACUCGUGGCCCAAGACUCGUGGUGUUGCCAUGAACCCCGUCGAUCAUCCUCACGGUGGUGGUAACCACCAGCACAUUGGUAAGGCGUCGACCAUCUCCCGCUACGCCGCCAAGGGUCAGAAGGCCGGUCUCAUCGCUGCCCGGCGGACCGGUCUGCUCCGUGGUACCCAGAAGGUCAAGGACUAA